AUGUUGUCCAAUGCUAUCGUGCAUUUUACAAAUCUGGAACCCUAAACAUAUUUCUUGAAUAUAUGGAUGUCAUCAAUCAAUUCUUUGAUAAAGAAGGUGAAAAUUCUGAAUGAACCUGUCAUGGCUUUGCUUUUAUAUCAAAUUCUUUUAGGAAUUGAUUAUCUAGACAUUCACAAAAACAUUUGA